AUGUCUUCUUCUCCAUCUUCGCCUACCCAUUCGACAGCCUAUGGAGCCAACCAUCACGGCCCGGGAGGCUUGAAUCGUGGCCAGGCCGAUGACAACGGCUUGGGUGGCACUGCAGAUUUUCAGUCCCUCCCUGGUACUAGCCAAGCUUCUAGCCAUGAUUUUGAGUCUCGUCGGGGAAGACGGACGAGCUCUCUCAGGAAUGGCCAGCGGGGCUGUUUCAACAAUGCCCCUAGCCAUUCUGGUACUAGCCAGGUCAAUGGCUCUGGCUCUCAUCAAGCUUCCCCACAACCCGAUUCCCCGCAAGCCCAGGCUGGGAAAGACCUCGAACAAUCAUCUAUUUACGAUUAUCUAGUAGAUGAUCGUGACCGCCCUGUUGCUGCCCGCAAACUGUUCAAGACUCCAGAUGCUGAAGCGGUCGGGGUCGCCAAUGACCUCGCUCUCAAGUCCGGAUAUACGUUGCAACAACUGGCCAUGGCAAGCAUUUGGGCCAAGAAGAACUUAGCCUGGAAGGAAUCUCGCAAGACCGUUCUCAAGGUCAAGAUAACAGCCGGCUCCAGCCAGAUAUUGAGCCCGGAGGCCAUCAUUACCAAGUGUGCAAUCAAUGGCUUCCCUUUCGACGCUAUUAAAUCUGUGCAGUUCCCUCCUCUGGAGAUGGAUCGGAUGUUGUUGAUCCUUGAUCACGACCUCGAUGCUCGAGAGAUUCGGAAGCACGAGAAAAGCUUGCAAACCAUUGUCAAUGACCCAGGAUGCUGUGUGUGUCCAGAGGAGUUCUACAUCAGCCCUGCCAACAUCACCCGGACCGAGUAUAACAGGAAUCUCAGGAAGACUUCUACCAACAAUGCUCAGGGAAACAAGGACACCUGGGCUAGGUUCAAGAAGCCCUCGGAGAGGUUAGAGUUCUGGAGACGAGAGACGGGUCUCAACAUCGAUAGGGCAUACUGGAAGUAUGGCCGUAUCUGGCUUGUCUUGCAGAAUCUCGAGGAAGCCCAGAAUGCUUCUUCUGGGGAGAUGUAUACUUUGGAGGGAUUGCAAACCUCGUUCGACUCCCUUGAUCCCAAGUAUGUACCGAAGCAGUGCUUCAACUGCCAGGAUUUCGGUCAUAUGGCAAAGCAAUGCCCUAACCAGGUUCGAUGCGGUCGGUGCCUGGAACCACAUUCGACACAGGAUUGCGAUCCUAAUGGCAAGCCAGACAAGUGCUUCUUUUGUGGGGGCAAUCAUCCCAGCUACUGGCUUAGAAUCUGCAGGCACCCUACGGUUCGGGACGUUCUGCACAGGUGUAGUCUAUGGAGAGGGCGGGCAUACUGGGAUACCAGGGGACAGGAGUCUGAGGCUUCUGAGCGGCCCCUAGAUCAAGGCGCAGCAACAGCUGAUGAACCUCUCCUUUCCCUUGCCCUCGGCGGAGGAGAAGGGAUGUUGGCUCGCCUUAUUGUGGCGUGUUUUCAGGCUUUUGCACCUCAUCUGGCUCAAGCUCCUUUAACCAAAACCCAUGACAACCCGACCGAGUUACGGACAGCGUCGCCGUCGCCUUCCGUCCUGUCUGCUCGAAGCCGCCUUGGUACAGUCACUGGCGACCUAUCUCUAGCUAACAGUCCGAGAGCAUCUGGAAGGGUACUUUACGACUAUACCAACCAAUCACCUGCUUGGCAGACUCCGUCUUUUGAUGAAUCUCUGUAUGGAUCUGGCUGGAACAGCAACGGCGCUUCCCCUUCAAGACAAGUAUCUGUGGAGCCCCCGUUCUCCUCUAUCUCUGAGUUGAGUGAAGGGGAUCUUUUCAUGGAUACCUACGAGGAACCGGCCCAGCAAGAGGUCUUCGAGCUUUCUGCUGAUUUCCCAGUUGGGUCAAUCUUUGAGCUCGGUGCAGACCAUCCUUUGUAUCCUCAAGACCAUGAGUCUUCAUCGAUCGCACGGGAGGUUAGGGAUGCCUGUGGCAUGGCGCCGUCGGAUUCUGCUCCAGAUGUCUCCCUGGAAGGCCUUCCUGAGAUUAGUAGGGAUAUGAUUGUUGGAAUCAUCUCCAUCCCUUCUACACCUAUCAACACGGAGAGCCAAGUAGACUGGGAAUUCGUCCCCGAGACACCUACUGGUCUUCUUACUUGCACUGUUACAUCCGACGAGCCCAAUCCAGCAGAUGCUCUCUGUGAUCCUUCCCCAGAGACCUCAGUUGCCAGUAAGGGUCGCCGAUCCUCAUCUACUGUCACGGAUCAGCCUUCUAGCGCAUCCUCAUCUGAGGUCCGCCUAGAAGGAUCAUGGGAGCAACUCGCUUUCUCUUCCUCUUCAUCGGAUGUCGGCUCCUCAUCAGCCGUGAUUCCUUGCUCCAUCCCAGAUCCCAACGCCGCUUCGCAGCCUCCACACGAGUCUCCUCCAGGGCAGAGUUCGUCCGUUGGACCUUUGACUGCUAGGAAGCGGCGCUGCAGUUCUGAUGACGACGUCGACGUCCUGUCAUCCCCAGGUGGCGGCAAGAGAGUGAGAGUCGAGGAAUCGCUAGGUCAGGACGACGGCGAAUCGGCUUUGGCGGCACUCUCCCUAUCCAGCCCAAGCUCCAAUUCUCUUACAGUCACUGGCACAGUUCUCCCUGAUGGGUCUUCCCUUACCGAGAGCGGGAGCUCCUUGCCUUUGCCCGUGAACCCUAGCACACCUCCACUCAGAAGGUCUCCCCGUGGUUUAAGGCCUUCCUUUACACCUGGGUCUUCAACGGCGUCUACAUCCAGUAGCGAUAGCUCUGGGUCAUCGUUCUACACCGUUGAUUCUAGCUCCAACACCUCGAGGUUGUUGGAAUCUCCCGCCACCCCCAGCCGCGGUUCAUCUGGUCAGCUGCCUGUAGAUGAUAGCAGCCUCAUAGCGGGGACGUCCCAGGGAUCGCUUCAGAUUUCUCCACGCGAUAGCCCACGAAGACUUAUCACAGAUGACGAUGAGAUAGCAGACCAGCUGGAGCGGGACGCUUCUCAAGCUACGAAUCAGCAAUCAAGGGCAGGCCUGGUCAGUUCUGCUGAGGAAGUUGGAAUAGCCAGUGAAGCGCAGGGUUUCAUUACUUGUGCGCCUGUCUCUACUGCUUCACCUACCGACCAAGAGUUGCUUGAGUAUGAGAUCGGGCCCGAGUCUGAGGAGGAGGUGGUGGACAAGGCUGGAUCUGAUGAUGAAUACCGUCCCGGAAAGAAGCCUAAGCCUCGGUCAAAGCGAAAGUCCAGGACUGGUUCAAGAUGGAAAGGCAAGGGGGUUGCAAGAGAAGCACCAGACACCGGUCCCGAACAAACGAAGCUGGACCGGUAUUUCCCUUAG